GCGGCUAAGCUAGGCAGCGGCAGACAGCUCUUCAACACCGACGAGCGCCAAGACAUUGAAGCGAGCUAAGUAUCGCCCGAUUAAGCGAUUCUAGAGAUGCGACCGCAGAGUGGUGGAGUCCUUAGAAACCGAUCAAAUGGCUUUCGUCUGCUGAGAUGGAUUGUGACCGUGUCUGUUGUAUUGGUCGGAUCAAGGUCUAGAGAGUCGAGCUGUUGCGUCGCGGAUUCAAUUGCAGCAUCGUCGUAUGACUGGGAAGAUUGGGACUACUACCAGAUACUUGGUUUUAAUGAAACGAGCAUAAGCAAAGAGCUGAGCGCGAAAGAUAUAAAACAAGCCUACAGACGCCAAGCUCGACGAUGGCAUCCAGACAAACAACAACAGCAUCACUUCAAUGUCUCCCUUUCUAACUCUGCUCUUUCCACGGAAGAAGCGAAUGCACGGUUUGCUAAGAUCACCGAAGCUUAUCAAGUUUUAUCGGACGACGAUAGAAGGAUAGAAUAUGAGCGAUAUCGUAGAGGACACGUGAGGCAGAGUCCGAAUUUGAGAAAGGGACCUAAUUCCGACGCAGCCGCCAGCUCAUCCUAUAAUUCGCACGAAGCAUCAUGGUCGUUUGGCUGGAAAGACUUUCGCGUCGAUCCAGUACAAUUGUUUCAGGAUUUAUUUCAGGAUUGGAACGUGGCAUUUGAUGACGAGGACGAAAACUUAUUCGGGGGAUUUGAAAGAUUUAACCCGAACAGUUCAGGAGAAGGGCACAACGGUCUUGGACGACCGACACGAAUAUCCCACGACGAGCAUAUACUGAUGGAUAGCUGGGGACGGGAGAUCUUGCGCGUACUACAGACCGAGGAAUAUCGCCAGAUAGAUCACCUGUAUAUCAGAGUCAUGGCGCAAGAUUUUGUCGAGACGUGGGAUCCAUACCUUCACGGUUUUUCGUAUCAGCCCUUGCAAGGCGAGCCUUUUCUCAUGGAAGAAGUUCAUCGACCACUACCACAAACGACGAGCACAAUGCCCUCUCACGAGCCCCUGACAACUCAGUCCGAAUGGCUGGAGCACGGUCGAUAUAGAGCCGGCCUAGAUGCUUUUUGCAAUCUUCAAAUCGUGGAUAGUAGUCGUGGCGUUAUCAUUUGGGAAAUCGAAACGGAGAUUCCGUCGUGGUAUUCGGCUUGCCAAUUGGAGCUUCGAGGUCCUACUCUUGUCCUAGUCAUGGGGGACUAUUAUCAUCAAGAACAAAUCAUUUGGCAAAGUGAGAUUCUAAACCAUUCUCAUAAAGAGCUUAUUGGAGCCCUUCAUAUUGCGAGAUUGGACGGGGACGGUGCGUUGGCCGUAUAUCAGCUUUUAGAGAUAAAGGAGAGUGACAAGCACAUCUGGUUGGAUGGGCUCUUGCAUGCUGGAUCAAAAACCGGAGCAGCACUUGUCUGGCAACGAUUUGUUAAAGCCUUCUAUGCGGUUGAAGAAAUGAAGAUAGAUCAGUUCAGCGCAGAAAAACGCUAUCGUCAAAAGGACCAGACUGAGAUUUUCCGACGCGUUUGUGUAUGGACGUCGAACCCGUUUGGAUGCUUGCGCGUUGGACGGGCUUUUGUUCAUGCCUUUCGUGACUGUAUCCUGCUCGGGCGACGGGUCAUCCGUGUUGUCGACCGUCUUUUCGACUUGUUCUAA